CUUCUUCUUCUUCUUCUUCUUCCUCCAAACUCUCUCUCUUCUCUCAAACCUUUUAUCAAUGGCUGUUGAAGCAAGACACAUGAAUCUCUUCUCUUCUCAAUACAUUACCAACAGAGAAUGUGUUAAAUCUCAGACGAAUAUGAAUUACAACAACGGAGGACAAAUCGGAUUCGCCGGCGGUGAUUUUCCGGUGACAAUCGGUGAUCGGAACUUACAGUACAUAGAUCCGAUUAACAGCUUCAACAAAUCAGAAAGCAAUCUCACAGCGAUUUCAAAACGUCAAAGAGAUACAACGUUUGAUUCAAACGCAUCUCAAAAACGCAGACAAAUAGCGUUUUCUCCGUCGUUAAUCGACGCAGAGUUAGUUUCUCAGAUCCAACAGCAAAACUCAGAAAUCGAUAGAUUCGUUGCACAACAAACGGAAACGCUAAGAAUCGAAUUAGAAGCGAGACAAAGAACGCAAACGCGGAUGUUAGCAACAGCGGUACAAAACGCGAUUUUGAAAAAGCUAAAAGAGAAAGACGAAGAGAUAAUAAGAAUGGGGAAAUUAAACUGGGUUUUACAAGAACGUGUGAAGAAUCUCUACGUUGAGAAUCAGAUCUGGCGUGAUUUAGCUCAUACUAAUGAAGCUACUGCGAAUAAUCUUAGAUCAAAUCUUGAACAAGUUUUAGCUCAAGUUGAUGAUUUUGAUGCGUUUCGUCGUCCUUUGGUUGAAGAAGAAGAUGCAGAAUCUAGCUGUGGAAGUUGUGACGGAGGUGAUUUAACGGCGGCGGUUAACGGUGGGUGUAGACGGUGCGGUGAUUUAACGGCGAGUGUGUUGGUGUUACCUUGUCGUCAUUUGUGUUUGUGUACGGUUUGUGGAUCGUCGGCUUUGUUAAAGAAGUGUCCUGUAUGUGAUAUGGUCAUGACUGCUAGUGUACAUGUUAACAUGUCAUCAUGACCAUUUUUUUUUUUUUAAUUUAAGGAUUAAAGCGUAAAAAUAGGU